AUGUCGAUAACAAUAGGCGCCUUCAUCGGCGGCGGUAUCGCGGCAUGCGGUGCUGUUACGGCGACGCACCCGUUCGAGACGGUCAAGAUUCGGGUGAACUAUAGCAAAAAGGGGCCCAGCCUCUCCACUAUCGCGGUCCGCUACAUGGCGCCGGCGUCAUCGUGCGGAGUGAAGGUGUCCGUGCCAUAUACCGUGGUCUUGGGGUUCUACGACCCGAUGCGCGCCUCGCUAGCGGGCUUCUUCUUCAAGGACGACAAGAAGCAGAGUCUGGCGAUUAAUAUGUUCUGCGGCGCAUCGUUAGACACAAUCAUGUCACGCCUGUACAACCAGAACGGCAACCUCUACAAGGGCGUCCUGGACUACGCCCUUAAGACCAUUCGUACCGAAGGUGUCUUGGCUAUCUACAAGGGCUUCCUCCCCCACCUGGCCCGAAUCUUGCCACACACUAUUCUCACGCUUUCGCUGGCGGAGCAGACGAACAAGCUGAUGCGCAAGGUCGAGACUCUCAUCAUUCCUGAUGUUGUUGAGGCCAACAAGGCCAAGGCUGAAGCCAAGGCCAACGCAAAAGCUUGA